CGUCGGACCACUUCAUUAUGACAGAUCCGGAGCAACUCCUACGUCGCCCAGGUAAAGCAAGACGACCCAAGCCCAGCCACGAGGCGGUUUUGGCAGGUGCUACUUUCACCAACCCCAAAGACGCAUCUUCCAACGACGUUGCGGAUGUCUAUGAUAUCGGAACUGGAGUCAUACCGAGCGUAGAAGACACGCUUGAGCGCCACCUGCCAGUGAAAGCCCCUCAACCUGAGAACAAGGGGACAACACCAGACCGCAUAUUGGUUGCUCCCAAGAUGUCUGAUGAUCAAUCACAAGAAAAGGUUCCUCCUCAACAAUACUGGCCUCCUCCAUUGGUGUCUCCAGAAUCAACACAUGACAGCCACGCGCGCGGUGGUGGAGCACCAACCGAGGUUGAACACAACGACUCUUCUAACGACAACUGCGUCAUCCGCUUCGCGGAACACGAUGAUUCUCCCGCUGGGCAGAUGCGGCAGGUCAAGAGCGAGCGACAGGGCAUCUUCAAGGAAGACAUGGUCGUCAUGGGAUGCAGGUUCUUCGUACGCGGAUGAAACACACAACAUCACGAUCUAACGCCUACGUGGCGAAACAUCAAGCACCGAGAUGGAGGUGAAUGUGGCGGAGAUGUAAGAUAUUAUGUAUGAUUUGCGUCGACUUUAUUGGAGAAUCGAAAAGGGGGGAACAUGGAAUAUGCACAACUGAGAACAACAUCAAUUAACUUUAUCGAAUGUAUGAAUAGUAUCAGUGAAAAGCGGGCGGUCUUUCAAGAAGACAUCAUAUCUGCAGGAGACACAAGUCGAAGGACAAAAGAAAAUCGAGGCAGGUGGUGGUGUGUCGGAAUGUAAGACAUAUCUUCAGGUAGCCACCAACAGAUCCAAC